AUGACACCACCUUUGAAACCAGAGCGAAUGGACUUGUCAGGAGCAGAUAAUUAUCUGAUGGCAAUUUUAAAACCGCCUAUUAACAAUAUAGAUAUUGAUAGUUUUCCCAAUAAUGUUUGUUUUAAAAAUCCAAAACUUCAACAAGAAAGAAGUGUUCUUGAGACUUUACCACGAGUAUUUAAAGAUCAGCCUUUACUUGCUCCAGAUAAAAGACAAGAUAAGGAUUUUGGUCACGAGCCGAUACCUUCAGGUGACUUGGAUUGGAAUAAAGUCUUUACAUUCCUUGUCAACAUUAUAGAACCUUCAACAUGGAAGCUGUUUUUUGUAGAGCUAUUCGGUAUGUUCUCAACAGAACAAGAACUAAUCCUGGAACAAGAUAUAAGAACUAACAAACUCAUUCGCUUAAGUGAUAGCUAAGACCUAUGAUACAAAUCAUUUCAUUCAAAUAGAAGUCAAUUUUUCAUUCAAAUUUUUUAAGUGUAACACUCCCUUUUUCAUUUAAGCCCAAAUUUUACGAUCAGUACAUCUUGGCUAAUAUUAAUAUUAACCUCGGACUAAUGGAUUAAAAGUAGUUUUACCACGUGGUAUUAGAUGUAAACUAUUAUUUGAAAAAUGACAACCCAUGUAAAUAUUUGAUAUUUAAAGGAAAAUAAGGUCUAAUUUGGUAAAUGUUUUAUUGAAAAUUCAUCGUCUGACACCCACAGCCAAACCUAAACAUAUAUCAUCCAUGGGAUUUUGGGGUAAUAUCCUGUCAAAGACAUCUAUCAAAACGCUCGUUCUGUCCGACAUUCGGUAAUACAUUCAGAUGCGUAAAAAAUCAAUAUUUAGAUUAUGAACGAUUUCCUGCAAAAAAAAACCAUUGAUAAUUUAUUGUCAUUGAUAGUUUGUACCUUCGUGGUUGAAGAAUAUUAAUUCUGUUAUACGCGAGCGAAUUUUUUGGUCGAUAUUUUAUUCAUCUGUUACUGUACAUCGACGCAAAUCGAUAUAUUUCACCCACGGCCUGAUUGCAUGUUAAUCAUCCGUUUGUGCUCGACGAUGGUCAAUGUCAUUCUUAAAAGCUUAUUUGAAAGCGUUUUGUUCGGAGCAAAACUUUUUAAUUCACACGGGAUUUUAAUUCAGGUCCUUGCGACCAAAGUCAAUGUCACACAUAGAUGUCAAUGUUCAGAUAUAAAUAUGAGCAUUUGUACAAUCAUUUAUUGAUGAAUUGUAACACUAAUGGCUACUCUCAUGAAAACGGCUGGGACACAUACAAUCUAGGGAAAUGUUUGCAAGGUCAAGGUCACGAGAGAUGAUUAAUUAUCAAGAUAUUUUCCAGAUUUUUCAUAUCUCCUACAUUCAUGGAGUAAUUUUAAUGUCAAUUUAUAGAAAUAUUUAGUGCUGAGAAACGUAAUGCCCUGCUCAUGUAACAGGUUUCUAUGACAAAGGUCAAGGUCACUUCAAAAGCAAAAUGUACAUGCAUUGAGGAAUUUUUAUAUUAUUUUGCAAAAAUUUUCAUCUUCAUGACGUUGAGCAUAUGCAACUAAAGUCAAGGCAUCACAACGUAGAGGUACAAUUUCCAAUUAGAAUAUAAAAAUAUGUUUAGCGACCACCUUGCUUGUCACACUUCUUAUCGCCAACAUCUCUUAUCGCCAAAACUUUUGUAGUGGGCAUAUUU